AUGCCCAUUGACCAAUCUAGGCCCGAUGCACCCCAACCUCAUCCAGAUCCAAACCAAAGUCGAGAACCGACCGCUGGCGAGCUCGAGUGCUACCAUAAUGACCGGGUCUCUUUCUCGGGCAUGGAACACAAUGUCACCAAGGCAACUGGCAAUCAUCCCGAUGGCCCAAUGCUCGAGAAGGGCUAUGAAAAUGUCCCUCCCGGCCAUCCUGGCCAUCCUGGAAAUCAUAUAGGUGUUCCUCAUGACGAUCCGGGGACUCAGUCGCCGUCGUCUUCAAACUCCAAGACAGUAACGGCACUACCCGGAGCCCCAGGCCAGUAUGCACAGGUUCCCGAGAUGAAGGCCUAUGACCCAAUCUCCUCACCGAGUCAAGCCGCCCAGACUUCAGCGAUCAAUUGCUACAAGAGACUUGAAAGUGCUUCCCCAAAGUUGGUUGCAGAUUUCAGAAGCUACUUUCACGACUGGCAGGAAACCUGGUCCGGACACUUCUCAUCAUCUGCUGAGGAUCGGUGCUAUACGAGCGAGUUCGACAAGCUCGUGGAGAUGGGCAAAGAGAUUCUCCCGCUUGUGAAUUAUAUGCUCCUGAACGACGACAAUUUUACUGCAGUCUUUCUCUACAAUGCUCUUGAAGACGACACGCGUUAUCGAGUUGAUCCCGAUGAUGUUUUGAACUUUCUUACUCUGCAGCGUCAACAGAAUUUGAUUGUUGAUCUCAACAGGGAUCGGAAAUGGCUGCUGGUCAAAUGGCUUUUGAUUGAGACUGGUUGCCAAGGUAUUACCAUCUGCAAGGGAACAGCAGCGCAUUUGCAACGCAUGAUCACCGCCUUUGUUGAAACCGCUGCGCUCGGAAUCGAGGCCAAGCUGCCUAUCAAGCGACCCGCUCAACAACAUGGCCAUGAGAAUAUUGCUUGGGUUGGAACUUCUUGGAAGAUUCAGUUAUUAUCCGGGGUUAAGACUGUCGUCGAUAUUGCUUACAUUUGUCCUUAA